AUGCAGCAACAACAACAACAACAACAACAACAACACAUGGCUCGUCCAGAACAGCAACAACCCAGCCUGGCCAACCCAAGGAUGACUCUUCCCCCAACGCCACCCAUGCAUCAUCAUGAAGCUGCGCACGAGGGCAACCACUCGCCUUCUUCCACCUCGACGCACUCUGCUUCAGCCGCCUAUUUCGGUACAUCGCUGAACAACUUGGAACCCCAUCACCAGCGCCAAUCAGUGUCCAUGUCCUCCAUGUCCUCCAUCAAACGGGACUCGGUCGCUUCUCACUCCAUGUCGCCGUACACGGCUUCAGUCUAUGGCCAAGCACCCUACACCCCUUCGCCUGCAGCUGCACCUUCCACGCCCUUCUACUCUCCCGAGCAGCAUUCCUACAACAGGGUAGGCAUGUACGGCCAACAACCCCUUCCUUCCAACUUCCAACCACAAAACAUGCCUCUGCCUGCCCCUGUACCCAACUCGGCUGCAAACAGUGCCAAUCCAUGGCAACACCACCACUACAUCAGCACCUCGAGUCAGUCGCAAUUCCCCCAAUCCCAGGACCGCUACAUCUGCUCGACCUGCAACAAGGCCUUUUCACGGCCAAGUAGCCUGCGCAUACACAGCCACAGCCACACGGGGGAGAAGCCAUACAAGUGCCCACAGCCAAACUGUGGCAAGGCCUUUAGUGUCCGAAGUAAUAUGAAACGACACGAGCGAGGUUGUCAUGCGGCGACCAGCACCACGCUCACGACAUGA